CACCUCCCAGUCCCACCGCAUCUGAUUUCAAUCUGCGAAUUUCUCUUUAAACCCUACAAACCCUUUUCCCGAUCAAACAAUGACGCUCCACGCCGCAGUGAUCCAGAAGCUUCUCAACACCGGCUCCCAUCUCGGCCGCCGCGCCGCCGAGCACCAUUUCAAACAGUACGCGUACGGGACCCGCAACGGGAUGACCAUAAUCGACUCCGACAAAACCCUGAUCUGCCUCCGCAGCGCCGCCAGCUUCGUCGCCAACCUCGCGCACAUGAGGGGGAACAUCUACUUCGUCAACACGAACCCUCUCUUCGACGAGAUCGUCGAGCUCACUUCCCGCCGCAUCCAGGGCGACGCGUACAACCACAACCGCUCGAUGAAUCUGUGGAAGAUGGGAGGGUUCUUGACGAACAGUUACAGUCCUAAGAAGUUUCGGUCGAGGCAUAAGAAGCUUUGCUUUGGUCCGACGACGAUGCCUGAUUGCGUCGUUGUGUUUGAUACCGAGAGGAAGAGCUCGGUGAUACUCGAGGCCGCGAAGCUUCAGAUUCCUGUUGUGGCGAUUGUGGAUCCGAAUGUGCCGUUGGAGUUCUUUGAGAAGAUUACUUAUCCUGUGCCGGCACGUGACUCGGUUAAGUUUGUUUAUUUGUUUUGUAAUGUGAUCACUAAGUGCUUUGUGGCUGAGCAGAUGAAGAUGGGGAUCAAAGAUGGGGGCAAGGAUGAUGUGAUGAAGGAUUUAGCUGCAUGAUUUGGAUAUUCACAGCACACGUUCUUAGUCUCGAAUCAUUGUUUCUUCAGCAUUGUGGUUUUUCUCUACUUUGAAAUUCUGAGUGUUCUUUAUUA